CGAGUGGUUGCUCUGCGCCCCGUCCGGCAGGAGCCUCGCUAGGGAGUCUCGCUACUCGGAGCGGUUCCGCAAGGGAUUCGACCGACCACGAGCUUUCCCGCCGCGCCCCUCCCUGUCCCCGCCUCCUCCGCCUCCUCCUCCUCUUGCUCUUUCCUCUUCAUUCUUCUCCGGAGCUUCUGCUGCCCCUCUUUUUGACUCUUCUGCUGCCACUCCGUCCGCUGGAUCUGCUUGGCACCAUGCUGCUCCGUCUAGGACCCACUCUGUACGGCUUUGCUCCUACCUUCCUCCUGCUGUUGACCUUACCCUUUGGAUCUUCAAUGUGUCCUAUGCUUUGCACCUGCUACUUUUCCCCACCCACCGUUAGCUGCCAGGCCAAUAACUUCUCCUCUGUGCCACGGAUACUACCACCUAAUGCACAGCGCCUCUUUCUACAAAACAACCUGAUUGGGACUCUAAGACCUGGGAUGUUUGGGCCCAGCCUCAUCACCCUCUGGCUCUACUCCAACAAUAUUUCCCUCAUCCAGCCUGGAACUUUUCGCCAUCUCCAGGUUCUUGAGGAGCUGGAUCUGGGGGACAACCACAAUUUGCGCACUCUUGAACCAGAUACUUUCCGUGGACUUGAACGGCUGCAGUCUUUGCACCUUUACCGCUGUCAACUUAGCAGCCUCCCAAACACCAUCUUCCACAAUCUUUACAGCCUCCAAUACCUCUAUCUUCAGGAAAACAACCUACUUUGCCUACAGGAUGACCUUUUUGUGGACUUGGCCAAUCUGAGCCAUCUUUUUCUGCAUGGGAACAAAAUUUGGAAGCUCUCAGAGAACGUCUUCCGUGGCCUGUCUGGAUUAGACCGCCUGUUGCUGCACCGGAAUCACCUGCACACAAUUCCUGCUUGGGCUUUUCGUGAUUUGGGCAAGCUUACCAUUCUAUAUUUGUUCAACAAUAGCCUGACAACUCUGUCUGGAGAAACACUCUCAGAUUUGCCCUCCCUGGAGUUUCUGCGUCUCAACAACAAUCCCUGGGCUUGUGACUGCCGUGCCCACUCCCUUUGGUCCUGGUUCCAGCGCACACAUGUCUCCAUCUCAGACGUCAUAUGUACCUCUCCUGCAGAACGCAAGGGACGUGACAUGCGCUAUCUGAAUGAAGCAGUCUUUCAAGGCUGCCCUCCAACUAAUCAUCACCCUAUUGAGUUUGACUGGAGUUGUAGGCCUGAAUGGGAGAGUGGACCAGCUCACCCACAUCCUCGCCCUCACCCUCACCCUCAUCCACACCCUCGCCCUCACCCGCACCCCAAUGGCUCAUCUAAUCAUCUCUAUGGCCUUGGAGGAUCCCCUCCUGCUGAUCCUUCCUCAUUCUAUAGGGACGUCCCAGCCAAUGACAUCCAGAGCCCCAAGUAUGAUCCCCCUACAGAAGAUGACUACUGGGGGAAUUAUGGUAAUGGAGAAGGAAGUCAGCUGAAAAAGGGAUGCCUAGGAACUGCCUGUUCUUCUCUGGACUCUGGAGCAAUCAGGAUUGGCUUCCUGUCAUUUCUCCUUUCCUGUCUAUUAAUUGUGUUGGAACUUUCAUAGUUUUGACAAUGGAGGGUGGUUACUCUACUGAUUGCUAGUAGAGUCUGGGAACUUUGAGACUGUGGGAGGCUGGAUCCCUACCCAGCACUUAGCUGAGGCCAAAGUGAUUCACCUUCACCCUAACCCAGGGGUAAAGGAAGACUGACUAGGUCUGUUACUGCUGCUGCUUUCCUGGCCAAUUGUGAGACUUGAAGCCACUUUCUAUGUGGCACCUGUUAUAUUUCAUGAACAUAAGGCAAGGGCAACCCAUUUUUUAUUUCUAGAGUGUUGCAAAACUCUCCUCCUAGAGAUGUUCGUUAAAUUCUACUGCUUCUUGGGUGUGUAAGGAACCUUCUAUAGUCUCCAUAUCCUCUACAGGGCCAGGGUCUCUUCUGUGCAUGAGAAGGAACUAUGGAAUGGAUGAGGACCUGUUUUUUCAGAACCUCAAUUCUUUUAACAAUAUCCUUUCACGCAUAUAAGUGCCUGCUCUGUCUCAUAGGAUAGGACCCCUCAACUAAAGGAUACAGCGUCUCUUCCAGAACUAAAGAAAACAAUCAAAAUUUGGGGCUAUGAUCACUCUUGGCUUCUCAUUAUCUGGUGGUUUUUUAAUUGAGGGACCCCAGGGGAGCAAUUCACACACUUAAUUGUAAUGCUGAUCAUCUUAAUUGGUAAGGGUGUGAUAAUGGAAGGUUGCUUCACUGGCUGUUGAAACCGGAAAUUGGUGGAUGACUCUUGAGUAGAUAGGCAACCAUCCAGCUUCUCCGUAAUCCAUAUCAAAUACUCCAACAGUGGGUUUCCUGCAUUGACAAGAUGUUAGCGCAAACCUGCCUUCCCCAAUCCAGUGACAUCCAGACAUCUUGAACUAACUCCCAACACCUUCAGCCAGCAUGGUCAUUGCUUAUGUCUACUUGGUUUGACAGGAAUUGUCAUCUAACACAAGAGGGCACCAGGCUGGGGAAGGCUGGACUCAAUGAUUUUUGCAGUCCCUUCAGUUCUGUAAUUAAAUCUUUAGACAAAGGUUGCAAUCAUAUGAUAAACUCAUGUGAACUGAUCUUUAUUCAUAAAGACUGGUCUUAAUUUUGAUGGGUGUGACUUUCCUCUGGUGCCUCCAUGUCUCCCCUUUUAACACAAUGGCUGGUUAGAGGAUUAUUAAACUAUUUUGAUUUGGCUUGAACAACUUAGUCACUCAACCAAAUGAACAAUGAAAUACACUACGAUUCGCUGUUUUGUGAGCUAAACUGCUUAAGUAUUCUAUCUUGGUUAAUAACCCAGAAGGUAGGUUGAAAGGAAAGCUUCUUUCCCAUCCACAUUUUCCCCACUACACAUUCUUGUACUGGUACUAGUUGAAAUACCUUUCCGCCCAGUCCAACACCAUUGGUUUGCUGAAAAAGAUCACACUGAAGUUCUCUGGGCUUUUCACUUAUUCAAAAUGCACAUUAUUUCAGCUGUUCUUCCUGGGAUCAAGACUGUAACCUGGCUUUGCCAAAGGACAUGCAUUUUAGAAGGAACCCACAUGAGCCGGACUCUGAGGUAUACUUCUAUAAUGCAAAUGGUUCCUGCAGUUAUAUGUUUACUUUGUAAAAUGGUAUGCCUAAAAAUAAUGUACUCACUGAAGCUAGUCUCAAGUGAACAGGUUCUGAAGAUUCCUAACCAGGCUAAUUCCAAAUACACUAGAAAUUGGUCAGCAAACAGGUUAGCAUAAUUGUUGCAGACUCAGACUGAAAUUGUCUUUUCCCCCUCAUAUCAGAUGAAACUACUGACUUAGUACCCUAAUUAUAUGCUGCCUUUAAACACUAAUAUUUCAGUGGUUUACACAGUACAAAAUGCAACUAUUAAAAUGCCUUAAUUUUGAAGCUUUGGUCACCCUUAAUCUGCCCUUUUGGGAGGAAGUUGUUGGAAGUGUUGGGCACACAGACAUUGCUUGGCCAGGCCCACAGCAGCCAUGGGGAAAAUAGCACUAUCCUGGAAGUGUAUUGCAAAAUAUGAGGUCUAGUUGGAAAAGGAGGAGGAUAGAGUCUAGUAAGAUCAAGCUGAAAGAAGCAGUGUCGAAGACAUCUACUCAGGGUCUCAAAAAUAACACCUUCAAAACCAGCCCAUUUAUUAUGGUGUCAGGUGGAAACAUUCCAUCUAUGGAAAGCCAUUGCAAGGAUUUCUGUGUUAAGAAAAGUCAGAGC